AUGUGGCUGCUGCUGGUGGCCCUGUGCCUGGCCCAGGGGCUGGAAGAUGCCAUCCCAGGUGCUAAAGUGUUCUACAACCCUGAGAUAUUCAUGAACAUCAGCCAGAAGAUCCGUUUCCAUGGCUAUCCCAGCGAGGAGCACGAAGUGAUGACGGAGGACGGCUACUUUCUGAGCCUCAACAGGAUUCCCCACGGCAAGGGGGGUGCUGGGCUCUCAGGACCCAGGACCCCCGUGCUGAUAGUGCAUGGGUUUUGUCUGGAUGGUGGUGACUGGGUGGACAAUUUCCCUGACAGCAGCCUGGCCUUCAUCCUGGCGGAUGCGGGAUACGACGUUUGGAUAGGGAACAACCGCGGCAACAGCUGGUCCCGCCGGCACCGCAGCCUGUCCGUGGCCUCCGAGCAGUUCUGGGACUUCAGCUUCCACGAGAUGGCCAUGUAUGACCUCCCAGCCAUGGUGGGCUACAUCCUGAUGCAAACGGAGCAGGAACAGCUGUUCUACGUUGGCCACGCUCAGGGCAGCUCCCUGGGUUUCAUAGCGUUUUCCAGCUUGCCACAUCUGGCCCAGAAAAUCAAACUCUUCUUUGCCCUGGCUCCUGUGUACACCUUCCGCCAUGUCCGGGGCCCUGUGUUAAAGAUGUUCUUUCUAUCAGACCUGCUGCUCAAGAAGAUGUUUGGAACCAGAGAGCUGGUUCUGAUGCCGAGGAAGGAGAAAUCACACCUGGUUGCGAGGUGCAGCGGAUCGCUGGAAGCUGAAAAGUGUGCCAGCACUAUCUUCAUCAUUGGAGGGCACGACUGGGAGAACUUGAACAUGAGCCGAGUGGAUGUGUACAUAUCUCAUUUUCCAGACUAUACAUCAGUAAAAAAUCUUCUGCACUGGGGACAGACUGCAAAAAGUGCUGAGUUCAAGCAGUUUAACUAUGGGCUGAGAAACAUGGAGAAGUAUAACCAGCUGAGGCCACCAUUUUACCAGAUCGAAGACAUGAGCGUGCCGGUGGCCGUGUGGAGCGGUGGGCAGGACUGGAUCACCCCCCCUAAGGAGAUCCAGCUCUUGCUGACCCGCCUCACCAAUGUCGUGCACUAUGAGUACUUCCCUGACUGGAACCACUUCGACCACCACUGGGGCCUGAAUGCCCCGCAGCGCAUGUACAGGCGGAUGGUGGCCAUGAUGGAGGAGAAUCCAUGA